AUGGCUCACUCCGUUUUUAUUUCCUCACUGUUGAUGUGGGGUGUCGCAGCUGCAGACUUGACCUUUACUGUUCCAUCGUCCCCACCAGCCAAUUCCAGUGGACAGCUGUCGGCGGCCCCUGUUGGUGUCUCGCUGGAAUUCUUUACGUUCCCAGCGUAUAUGAACAAUGUUGCGGCAACCACAACUUGUCUCCAGAACCUGAAGGACUUGACAGGAACAUGGCCACCUCUUCGAAUUGGAGGCACAACUCAGGACCGCGCCACAUAUGAUCCAUCGUUGACUCAGGCAGUCAAUUACACCGUUGCCAGCUCUGCAGAUGCCCCAACUACCCUCACUUAUGGGCCGUCAUUCAUUUCACUGGCUGCAACUUACGGCGGAGAAAUCAUUCUCGGCCUGAACCGUCGUCUGAAUAACAUCGCCAACACUAUCUCUGCCGCGAAGCUUGCUAAAGGCGACGCAGCUAACCUGUAUGCCAUCGAACUAGGCAAUGAGCCAAACUUCUUCACAAGCAGCGACCCCAUUGCCGGCGGUGCCUCGUGGACUGCCGCGGCCGACUAUGCCUCCGAGAUCAAAUGGCAGGAUGAGGUCUGUGGCAACUUGUCUGCCACUGGUCUUAUUUCAGCCGGUGUUUACUUUGGCACGUCGCCCAUGAGCAUCGCUGGAUUGACUGCCGCUGAGGGUAGUGCGAAUAACUAUGUCAAGUCAUAUUGCUCGCACAAUUAUCCCCAGUCGGCUAGCACAGCCAACCUGGCAACUCUUAUGGGACACAGUAGCAUCGCGUCUCAGAUCAGUGGGUAUUCGUCUGAAAUUACCGCUGCGACCAGUGAGGGUAAACCGCAUAUCUUUGGGGAAACGAACUCUGCAACCCAAGGUGGAGGUGGUAUCAGUCCAACCUUUGGAGCCGCUCUGUGGAUUCUCGACUACGUUAUGCAGACCGUUAUCAUGGGUACAAAGGCCCUGUACUUCCACCAAGGCACCAUCGGAAACUGCCAAUACUGCUGGUGGGGUCGAUACGACAUGGGCGCCCCCUACUACGGCGCCUACUUCGCAACCAUGGCCUUAGCCGGUGCCGAUCAAAUUGCGCCUUUGGAUAGCCAUACCACAGCAUACGCAGCUUAUGCGAUCUACAAAUCUGGCAAACCCGUCAAGCUCCUGCUAUAUAACUCUGACUACUACACCAGUGGAACGCGCUCCUCGCAAACAUACGUUCUCUCUGGCCUGUCUUCGUCAAGCGUUACUGCGAAGCGUCUCACGGCUCCGUAUGCCACGUCUCGGGUUGAUCAGGGUGGAAACCCGACUGUUGGGGGCCAGACGUUUGCAAAUGGAACUUGCACUAUUCAGGGUACGGCGACUACGGAGACGGCUACUGUUUCGGGUGCGAAGGCGACGUUCACAGUUAAGGCGUCUGAGGCUCUUUUGGUUUAUCUGUAG